AUGCUUACAACGCGCAUUAUCAAGGAGACGGAGAAGCUCCAGAAGGAGUGUCCGCCGGGCAUCACGGCCACACCAACCAAGGAAAACCCGCGCUACUUCAUGGUGACCAUCCAGGGGCCGCCGCAGUCGUGCUACGAGGGCGGCCUCUUCCGCCUGGAGUUGUUCCUGCCGGAGGAGUACCCGAUGAAGCCGCCGAAGGUGCGCUUUCUCACGCGCAUCUAUCACCCCAACGUAGACAAGGUGGGCCGCAUCUGCCUCGACAUCAUCAAGGACAAGUGGUCGCCGGCGCUGCUGAUCAACAAGGUGCUGCUAUCGAUCCAGAUUCUCAUGUCGAGCCCAAACCCAGAUGACCCUCUGGCGAACGACGUCGCGGAGCACUGGAAGGAGGACGAGGCCAGCGCGCUGCAGACGGCCCGCGAGUGGACGCGCAAGUACGCCAAGCCGUGA